UGUUAAACAAGCUCAGCCACACCCUUAAUCAAAGUACACUUUUAAAGGGAAGUAGGAGUACAGAAAAACAACCUUGUGAAUGUGAGCUGCCAUGAUAGUUCAGCACUUGAUUUACCUGGAUAGACACACCAAACUGAAAGUAUUGUAUAUACGGAAGUGAAGUGAAUACAAACACACCUUGCAUUGCCAGGGUUCAGUGGUUUCAAAACAGCCAUAAAAAACAAUGUGAAAACUCAGUAGAACCAACUACUUCCUGUUUUCUUAAGCAGAAGGACAUAUUGUAAAAUCAUCUUCGAGCUGCCAAACAUUAUGUGAUCAUGGGUACUAAAUUCUUAACAUCUCCUCAGGGUUCUUCUAUGCAGUCCGUGCUCAGAGUUGUGCUCUUCGGAAACACUGGUGCUGACAAGAAUAAGCUAGCAAAAUCAGUGUUAAUUGGGGAGAAACUGACAGGCGAGAAAAAUGGUCUAUGUACUUUAUAUAAGAGUGAACAAGCAGGAAGGAGGAUCUGUGUUGUGGAAGCACCAGGAUGGCACAAACACUCAAUACAACAAACACCAGAAAACGUAAAAGAAGAAAUUACCAGAAGUGUGUUGCUUUGUCCUCCAGGACCUCACGCUCUGCUUCUGGUCAUACCAGUGAAAGCUCUCUCUGAAGAACCUUCUGUAGGUGAAAUCAAUGCAGCAGAGAUGCACAUGGAGUUACUGUCAGAGCGCGUCUGGAAACACACCAUCUUGCUGUUUGCAUGUGAUGAAGAAGUGGAUGAAACAACCAUCAGAAAACACAUUCACAGCGCAGAGAAAAUCCUGGAAAAGUGUGGAGGACGAUCACAUGUUCUUCAGAUGAAUGCUUGUGAAUCUCCAACUCAGAUCAGUGAACUCCUUCAGAAGAUAGACAGUCUGGUGGAGGACAGCCGUGGGGAUUUCUUCAUACCCCAGGCUUACUAUGAACUGAUUCAAAAGAAGACACUAGAAGCGUCUGGUGCGACUCGGCUCAGUCAGAGACGGGGAAGUUUGCAAAUGGAUCCUCCAAACUUCAAUAAACACAAAGGAGAUUCAGAGGAGAAGAAAGAAUCUGCAGAAGCUGCAAAACAUUCAGAAGAUGGAUCAAGAAUCAGCAUGGACUCCACACAGUUUGUACUGAUACUGAUGGGUGCAUUCGGAGCACUUCUUGGAUCCGUUGCAGGAGCUGAAAAUGGAGUUAGAGGGUCUUUUAUGGGACUAGUCUUUGGCAUCUUUGUUGGGGUUUUAGUUGCACUUUUCAUCAUGUACAUUUAUACUCACUUUUAUUCAAAGCAGACUACACAUAAGUAGGCCUACAUCAUAAGAAAACUGAAUCAUAAGGAUCUGCAAAGUUGAGCAGAUGCAAACAUACAGUACAAGUGCAAGCAGAAUAGUUCCCCCCUUUUUUAAUACUUAAGUAUACAAGACAUUUACUAAUGAAACUGCAGCAUGCGAUGUCUGGAAAAUAGCAUGAAUACUUAUUAUGUUCUUAAUAUGUUCUUGCGGAACUAAAUAUCAGCAUUCAUCCAAAACUAGUAGCCCAUGCCUUUUUAAUUCUGGCAUAAAUUUAGGGUCAUAUUACA